AGUUAUCUGAGUAUAGGAGUUGAACACAAGAACUAACGGCGAGAGCACUGGUAGCCGAGACGCCAGAGCAUGACUAUUACGGCUAAAACAAAAUCAAUUUCAUCAACGAUGUGAAUGCAUUGGUUAGUAGUGUUAGCCGAGAGAAGUGGUGUCAAUACAUAGAUAUUAUUUAUUCAUUAUUUAGAAAAUAGAGAUUUUUGUUGUUUUAAAUUCCUGUAACCAAUUGGCCAUUAAUAGGAUUUAUAGUAAUAGUCUCUGGGAUUGCGUGCAAAGCAUUUCUGUAGAAAUCUUUCCAAUUUUUUGUAGAUAUAUAUAUAUUUUAUGAAAAUUUCUUUUAUUAAUCAAAUGUCUGCAUCCGUUUGAGUAGAGAAACAAUGCCUGAGAAUAAUAAAGAGAUUGGCAAAAUAGGCGGCGGGAUGUUUAUAUUGAUCCUGAUCAUCCUAUUUUUCGCCGCUCAUGGAGGCUCUAAUGAGAUGAUGUACCUGACGCUCGCGUUUGUAUUCAUUAUAAUCGCAUUGUUUUCAUACGGAUUCUGGUCGUCCGUUUCCAAAGGAGAAGGCAUUUGGCAGUAUUGGGGAAAACAGAACCUACAGCACCAGCAGAUAUCAAACCCGAACUACCAUUACGGCGGAUCCUUUAGAAACUACAAGUCAAACCCCAAUAAAGCGGUCCACAUCUGCGCGCCGCCUAAGAUGGGAGGCGCCCGACUCAACAUAUACACCAUACCAUUAAACCCGUCGCUGCAACGAAACUCAUCGCUCAAUUCGCCGCACCGGCCCUUAGGGCGCACCCCCUCCUCAGCCCAUCGACACAACUAUCAUCACAACCACAAUAGGAGUAGUUUUAGGCGAAAGCCCGACACCAACGAGGAGGAGGUGAAAGUGGAGGUCUAUCGCCAGUCGGACAAUAAGACCACAGAUAAUACCGAAUCCAAAGACACGUCUGAAAUAAAAGAAAUUCAAAUUUCCAUUCCGUCGGAUAAAUGAGUACUUCUCCAACAUUUAGUUAUUAUUAAAAUUGUCUUAAAGUCAGUCAACCAUACAAUCUUUAUGACGAACAAAUUUUUUUAUCAGGUUUACUAUUAUUAUUAAGCUCUCUCUCUCUCUCUCCCUCUCUCUCUCUCUC